AUGGCAAAUGUAGUUAAAAAAAUCGAUAGCACGACCUUCACUCGUUCUAAAAGACUUCGUUCAAAGUCUACUAAUGAAAUUUCAUCGAAUAACAGUGGCGAUUGGCUAAAAGUUGUUCUUAACGAUGUUGAAGAAGAUCCGAGACCUGAAGCAUGGAAUUACUUUUUUCAAGACUCAACUCAAACGCGACAGAAUUCGGAAAUGACAUUUCCGACCCCCUAUAUAUUCAAGACUGUCAACCCGGCUCAGAACGAGUCAAGCAAUUCACAUAGAAGACAAGGAACAUUCGCAUCAAAUUUUUCAUCCUUUUCUACAAACCUGCUUUCUGAAGAUUUAGUAAGUAAAGUCGUAGAAGUUCUAGGCAUCGUAUUGGAUGAUUUUAAAUAUGAUAUUUGGAAUGAAAUUACAAAAAAUCAUUCAGAUCUUCCCGGUUUGGAACGAUUGGAUCCUUUCAUUCUCUCAUGCCUUCGUCGCGAUUAUAAUAAAUUUGUCAAUGAUCCUUCGUCCUCACAACUGGCCAAUUCUCUUCCUACUAUUAAUGACGACGAUCAAAUUCGAGGUCUUAUCGCUGCAGUUUCUUCAAUCCCCACAAUUCCACCAAUUUCUCCCAUGAUGUCAACUUUUACUGUGGUAGAUUUAUUCAGAAACAUAUUAAAUUUCUACUGUCAAAAGACAUCUUUUGUCACCGUAAUCCAAAUGUUGUUUGACGCUAUAGCUUUGGAUUUUAUGCGGGAGGAUAGCGAAGUAGUACCAAAAGUAGAAGAUUUCAUGAAAAUCUUUCAUGAAGAAGAUAAUUUUUCCGAACAAAGUAGUAAUAUGCCAUUUAAUAAUGAUCAACUGCAAAGCAAGGGAGAAAAUAUAGAAGCUUUCACAUGGUUCUAUCAUGCUUUUGUGAGGAACCCUCAGUAUCAAUCCUGUACCGUUUCGGCGAGAUUUCAAACUCUUGGAGUUCAUUUUACAUUGGAGCAAAUUGAACAAAUUGAGUCAAUAUUAUCAAUGUUCUAUACAAAACAUUUUCUAAAUGUCUUUGCCAAAGAACAACAAAAAGAUCAUGGUCAAUUUUAUACUCCAAGGGAGGUUAUGAUAUUCAUGUGGGACCGUGUGUUAGUUAACAAAGGAAACGAUACUUGGUUGGAUAAGCUUUUGGUGUCUCCUUUGGGAAGUCUUCCUCAGGCUCCUAGCGUUCUAGAUCCCUGUAUGGGGAUAGGCUCCUUCCUCUGUGAGUUUAUAAGUCGUCUGACUCUUGCAGCUCAGCAAUGUCCCAAUGUAUGGAAUAAUCCGAGAGCGAUCUCCAAUCUUCUUCUUUCAUUGUCCAAAAAUCUUUGGGGUAUAGAGAUCGACGUGAUUGCAUACCUGCUAUGCAAAAUAAAUAUCACGCUGCACAUCAUUCCGCUCUUUAAGCGGUUUCUUGUGCUGAACAACUAUAAUAAUAAUAUUAAAUUAGAGAGGUUUCAUUUGUUUCGUAAUGAUACCUUAAAUUUAUACCUUCCAGAAGAAAAAGGUGAACAUGCAUGGGAAUGUGAAAAUUUACAAUUAUUGCGUUCACCCCAAAAUCUCAAGUUUGACUUUAUCGUCACUAAUCCACCAUAUAUGAUUAGAAAGACGGGGUUUAUAUCGGAGCCUGAUAGUGAGCUCUUUGACGAAAGAGUUUUGGGUAAAGGUGGAAUGCAAGCUUAUGCAUAUUUUUUUUGGUUCUGCGUCGAAAGAUGUAAAGAGGAAACAGGCGAGAUUUGUCUUAUUAGUGCAAGCCAAUGGAUGGGAUUAGAAUUCGCCGAUAAAUUGAGAGCAUGGUUAUGGCAGAGGUGUCAUCUCGUUGAAUUUUUCCAAUUCGAACCGUUUAAAGUCUGGCGUAAAAUACAAACAGAUUCUCUAAUAUUUCGACUACGUCGUAGACGUGAGAUCCUAACAGCUGGCGUCCCUUCUGUACGACCUGCCGUAUCGGAGCCCAAAAUUCUUUUCUUACGAUACAUGAAUCGCAAGGCAACUCUGCAGGAAACUCUGCAAGCCUACAAUAAUUUUAAUUCGAACCUCACUACUCAGUUCGAAAAGGAUAUGCAUUACAAGCUGACACCGCCGUAUCCAACAACACAGUUGCCGUCUCAGACCAGUUCAUUCUCGUUUACGUUUUUAAUGCCUUCUUCAGAAGUGAGCACCUAUCUCCGUACCAUUACCUCGCAUCUACCUUCUCUGUGUGACCAUGCUAGCAUGAAACAUACUUGGGUUGAAAAUAACCCAUUAAUUUGGCACAGAGGCCCCAAUACGAAUCCAGUUUACGCUCUCGUUGUUCGAACAAAUUGGGCGUACAGUAAAUUUGGCACUGAUGUGUGUAGACGUUGGUUACGUCCAGUAUUUUAUUGGAAUGGAAAAAAUGGAGGAAAAGAAGCUGAAUUUUGGCAGAAAAUGGGUGACGAAUUAAGAUUAGAAAAGAAAGAAAGCUCGCCUGCGGAAGCAUAUGUGCCUUUUAUUUCAUACAACUCUGGUGGAACUACGAUAGCUAAGGGUGGGCUCGAACAGGAUAAAUCGAUGUAUUCUUUAAUAAUGGUCGAUCGAGAUGCUGUUGACAAAGUUCGUAGGGACUUUGGUGAACAUAGUGAGUUCUGGAAGUAUCUAAAGGAAGCGCGCAUAUAUUUACAAACCGGUAUGAACUCCAGGGAAAUUGCAUAUUGCGGCACAAGUAAAUGCGGGAUUGAUUUCAAAACGAAAAUUGUCCAUCCUAUUAAUUACGGAUACUUUUCAAAAAAUCAACCACGUCAACGGUUCUUCAUCGACGAAGACAAUGUUUGUGUAACCAAUCAGCAAACCACAAAGCUUCCUCCGUAUUUUUUUCUUGGAAUAUUAAAUUCCACGACGAUUCAGCACUUCUUAUCUCAUCAUUGUAAAUAUGAUCAACAAGGAAGGAUGCGAUUAUUCCGCGAGAAUAUGGCUAAAAUACCAUACGCAGCACCAACGGAUUCCGAAGGUGUGAACUGGUUUAUCAAAUGCGUUCAAAGAAUGACACAGGUCCGGCAAAUGCUAUACGAAGGUAUUCACGUAUGUGACGAAGAAGAAAAGGUCGCGAGUGCUGUAGUGGAAAAAUUGAGAAGAGGAGCUUGGCAGUUGUCAGGAAGAGAGUGGCAAGAACGAGGAAGUGAUGCAAUUAAUGAAACGAGCGUGGUUUUGAGAGAAGAGCAAGACGGAAAUUGGGUGAUGGUGAGGCAAUUUCGAGGUCGAGGCGAUGGAGUUGAAUAUUCUUUGUGCCCUGGAAGUGGCGAACAAAUACCAAGACACGAUGAAGCGGAACCCGGACAAACAAGUUCUUUCACGGAGGUCGCCAAAGAUCACCGGCCACCCACUGGAAAUCUAACAAAAACCCAUGUAAUGAAACCAUUCUUUGAGGCGUUACUUUACGCCUCCGCGUGUCUGCAAUAUGGGAUAGAUCAAUACACAUAUACUUUGUAUGGCAUCGAUGCUAAGUUUCAAGUAGCUCUCGAAGAAGAGCUUAAACUCGAACUUUUUGAAGCAAUUUUGAGCAAGUAUCCUCGGUUGAACGGAAUCGUGGGCAAUGUUAAUGGUGUAGAAGCGAGAGGGACGAUACCAGAAUGGGGAGAAAGAUUAUAUGAGGAGGUCGAAAUGUCAAUAGAAAAAGGACAACGACAAAAAAGAAUUUUAUUGCAAGGUCAUGAAAAUUGA